AUGAAAACUCGAAGGUGUUCCUUUUUUUUAAAUGAAUUAUCGGAGGACACUCAUUUGCACCUAACAGGAUGCACUUCUCAAGAGGAAACUAUUGACGUGGAGGAAUUUUGCAAAGAUUGGAGUAAUUUUGAAUCAGAUAAAAAUGAUAACAAUUCUUUAGAUGAACCUUUACCUUUGGAAUUAGAACGUUUAAGUACUUAUAUUGCAGUUAAUCCAGCAACCCUUGAUGACGAUGAACUUUGGCCUACAAAUAGUCUGCGUGAUUUGUGCGUAUUUCUCGGUCUGCAUGAAAAGGGAAAUAGAAAAAUGUUACUAGACAGAUUACAAGCUUGGAAUGAAGCUCCAUUAUCUGGAGCAGGACAUCCAGACUGUUAUAAUACAAGAUCAGCACGCCUUCAUACAAUUCCAAUGGCCUUUGUUAUAGAGAAGAAUAAAUUUGAUGAAAGUGAUCUUUAUAUAACUAAUACAGAAAACAUGGGAGCAAGUAAUUUUGAAUCUCCAACUAUUAAACGAACUAAAAGUCCUCUAUGUACUCCUAAUUCUAAAUUUCCUCUAUUACGCUCUCAUGCUGUUGUAGGAACUCCAGAUGUAGCAAACAAAUCUUCAAAGUUAACUGGUAGAAUUAGUUUCUCACCAUACAAUCACGUUAGAGUAUUUGUAUCAAAUCCAGGUGAGAGAGAAUUAAGUAUUGAUACAGAUUUGUUUUUCAGAAUUCAACAGAAUGACUAUAGUUCUUUAGAGGAUGAGGAGAUAAUGCAACAUCCCAACAAUAUGGAAGAUAUUGUGAGUGUCUUUACAGGGGGGAGUACUUCUGAAAUGUUCAGUAAAUAA